AUGACCAAUGUCUCCACGGUGACAGGAUUAGUCUUCCUGGGAUUCUCGGAAGGCUCCCAGGAACUGCAGCUGGUCUACGAUAUGUUGUUCCUCCUGUUCUACCUGGCGGCCCUGAAGGGGGAUCUCGUCAUCAUUGCGGUUACCGUCCUCGACUGGCACUUCCGCAGCCCCAUGUAUUUAUUCCUCAGGCACUUAUCCUUCAUAGAUGCCUGUUACAUCUCCAUCAUUGUCCCCAAAUCUAUCCUCAACUCCUUAACCAAUAACAGCUUGAUAUACUCCAAGGCUAUUCCUUUCUGUAAAUUAUGCCCCUUCUCUGAGCUUCCUUGGAUAGUCCACAGAUUCUACCACAACACGACCCGCAUCACCACUGUGACCAGAUUCCUCCUGCUGGGGUUCUCAGAGGUCCGGGAGCUGCAGCCGGUCCACUCUGCGCUGUUCCUCCUGUUAGUUGGUGCGGAACUGGUCAUCCUCACGGUAAUGUCCUACAACCCCUACGUGGCAAUCUGCCUCCCACUGUGCUAUGAUGUCACCAUAAACCGAGCAGCCUGCGUAAAGAUUGCCAUCUCUUCCUGGCUCGGCGCGGCUCCACAGUUCUUCUGUGACGCCUCUUUCUUGCUGAUGGUCUCAUGUUCUGAGACUCAAGUGAUUUUUAAUUUCAGUUUGGCCUCUGGGUUUGUUUGUACUUCAUUCUCCUUUGUCUUCUUUGUCACCUCGUACAUCCGCCUCUGCUGGGCCAUGCUGAGGAUGCCGACAACCGAGGGCCGGGCUAAGGCCGUCUCCACCUGCUUGCCCCACCUCGCCGUCCUCACUGUUGUCCUCUCUAUGGCUUCCAUUGCGUAUCUUAAGCCUCCCUCAGACUAG